CCAGAGGACACAUAUGACCGUCAUACGUACUAAUUAUAAGUCUCCUUCGUUCAUGCUUCUACCAUCAGCGCUCAGCGUGGAAGGCAUGAUUCUCUCACAGAACAAAUGGCAGUGCAGUCAUUUAAUACGGUGAACUGGUCGACCCGUUCAGUUAGCAACAAUGUCUUCCUCGGCGCAAGAUCCUAUUCCACAACUUGACCUGGGAAACACGUUCGGGGCACUUUUUAUUGGGGUUAUCCUGGCAUCAGUUCUCUUUGGUCUAACCAAUGUUCAAGCUUUCAUCUACUUGCAGGCGCAUAGAAGCGCGGGGAUAACAUUUUUCAAGUUGGUUGUUGCCUGGCUUUGGAUACUCGAUGCUCUGCACCUGGCCCUGACAAUCCAUGGUGUCUAUUAUUAUUUGGUGACAAACUAUGCGAACUUUGGUGUGCUCACGGAAAUUGUAUGGAGUCUCAAAUUAGUAAUCAACAUUCUCAUCGUUCCUAUGGUACACCUUUUGUAUGUUCAUCGUAUAUGGAAAGGCAUUGCUAUCACCCUUGCGUGGGCGCAAUAUAAGGUCAAAUUCUUCAAGGAUUUGGUUAGCAUCGAGUGGAUGACAUAUCUGUCUUUGGGAACGGCCACUUUUAUCGAUAUUCUCAUCGCAUCAUCGCUAUGCUAUCUUCUUGCCACUUCACGUACUGGGUUCUCUAGCACCGAUUCAUUCAUAACAAAGCUUGUGGGCUAUACCAUCAGUACCGGCUGUCUGACAAGUAUUUGUUCGAUGUUGAUCAUAAUCACAUGUGCUGUGCUGCCGACAACCUUCAUCUUCAUCGGGUUUCAAUUUUUAGUGACUAAGUUAUAUGUCAACUCGUUUAUCGCAUUCUUGAACGCGCGAUACUACAUGCAGGCCAACGCGAUCGUCGAUCCUCCCCAAUUUUAUGAGCGCCACGGCGUCUAUCACCAGGAACUCCACACUAGUGGAUCACAAGACGAAGAGUUUCACAAAUCCCGGAGGGACCCUAAGGAUGAGGUACUGCGUAUCACGCAACCUAUCCAGGGUAUCAUGGUUAGUGGUUGUGUCAUGGUUGAUGGGAGAGGGCUAAUUCACACACCUUAGCCACAGUCGACGACAUCUCAUUAGUGUGACGUGUUAACUGUGUGUCUAAUCGAGAGAUGACACUUACAAAAACAUAUGUAUUCUAAAGUUAUCUCAUCUUCGAAGGGCGGCGCGUCU